AUGCAGCUCGAUGUUUCUUCGACGCUCUUUUCCAUCGAGCAGACCAUGACGUCGGUGGUUUCAAACGAGCUCACACACAUCUCCCCCACCUCCACCUUUGUCAUGCUCCUCGCUGGAAUCCUGACGUCCCUCACCCCCUGCGCGCUCUCCACUCUCCCUUUCAUCGUUGGGUACAUCGGCGGAGUAGACGAGCGGCGAUCUCCUAUCGUGCCAUCAGCCGCCUUCUCUCUCGGUUUCGCCACCUCCCUGUGCAUGCUGGGGCUGGGCGCUGCCCUUUUUGGGAGCGUGUACGGAGCGACGUCGUCGGGUCCACUGCAAGAGACGUUCGCCAUAGUCUCGUCGGCUCUCUUCGUCGUCAUGGGACUUGCUCUCCUCGACAUCUUGCCUCUCCCUUCCUUGAUCUCGGCUCCGAAGAUAGAUGAGACAUCGCGGGACAACCCAGCGCAGGCAGUGGUACGAGCAUACAUCUUCGGGAUAUCUGUUGCCUUCGUCUCCUCGCCCUGCGCAACUCCCGUGCUGGCCUCUCUCCUUACCUUCAUAGCGAACAACAAGACCGACCCGUCAGUCGGAGCUGUCUUGCUCCUUGCCUACAGCAUCGGAUACACUUCACCAGUGUUUGCUGCUGGUCUCACGACGCAGUUCAUGAAGUCGCUCGUUGGCAUGAAGGCGAAUUUUCGUUGGUUCACUCCGCUCAGUGGAAGCAUGUUGAUUGCGUAUGGAACAUAUGAAGCUGUGAACAGAAUCUUUCCCGCGUGA